AUGGUAUCCGCACACAGUAAACGCAAUACCUCGCGACCGGUCUUCACGUCCCACGAGCGCGCCCUCGCAAAAUCCCACUGGUCAUCGUCAUCCGCCCGUCUGCACCGCGACUCCUUCCUCCCAUUCGGUUCCUGUGGCUUGUGUCUCAACAUCGCCCGUGAUCCUGUCUCAUGCCGCCGGGGCGACAUAUUCUGUCGCGAAUGCGCACUCUCAAACAUUCUCACCCAGAAGAAAGAUAUCAAGCGCGCCCAAAAGGCCCGCGCUGUUACAGAGGAAGAAGCCGCCAAGCUGAAGGCGCAUGAAGACGAACAGGAGCAAGCGCGUGCAAUUCAGGACUUUGAGUUGACACAAGCUGGACUGGACCGGAAAAAGAAGAAGGGCAAUACAACUGAGACGAACGACGAGAAGCCGAACACAAAGGUCGACGAACCCAAUGCCCUUGCUUUAGUGCCAGCAACGAAACGCAAGUUUGCGCUUGAUCAAGACGAAUUGGAUCGUAUUGCGCAGGAGGACAAAAUCAAAGCAAGAAAAUCACUGAACGAAGAGAAGGCUGCGAAACCGCAUCUUCCAUCAUUCUGGACUCCGUCACUGACACCGGAUGCCCAAUCGAGCAAUCUCCCACCAGUAACAAAGAAGGACAAAACAGUUCCGACGUGCCCAGCGUCUUCAGCUGGGAACCCACACCCAAUUACAAUGCAAAAUCUCAUAACAAUCAACUUCACCGAAGAGGAAACGCCCAAGGGCAAGCAAAGAGCUUGCCCUUCAUGCCUAAAGAUGCUUACCAACGCCUCAAACCCCAUGCUAGCCAAACAAUGCGGCCAUGUCCUGUGCCAUAGCUGCGUCAAACAGUUCAUGAUCCCGCCUUCCAAGAAGGCAUCUUCCGAGGACGACCCGCCCCUGACCUGUUACGUCUGCGAUGUGCCUCUGACCUCAAAGUCACAGAAACAGGAUGCUGCCUCGGGCUCUUCGAUACCGCCGGGCCUUGUCGCUCUCCAGUCUGAAGGCACUGGCUUCUCUGCCCAUGGGGGCAAUACUGUAGAACGAUCAAGCGUUGCUUUCCAAUGCUAA